AUGUCUUACGCUCGCAACGACCACCUCGGCGGCCAAGAAUACGACCGCCUCCGCGACCUCGCGCGACAAGAACAAGGUCAGCAUCAACACUUCGCAGCCAAAGCCAAACAUGCCUACUCCUCCGGCGACGGCAGCGGCGCCCACCAAUUCUCCGAACAGUCCAAACAACACGCAGCAGCUGCCGACAACUACAACCGCCAAGCCUCCGAGUUCAUCUUCCGGGAGAACAAUGCCGUAGGCAGAGUAGCAGGCGACACCAUCGACCUCCAUGGCCAGUACGUCGAGGAAGCAGAAGAGAUCUUGGAGCAGCGGAUACGAUACGCCCAACAGACCGGUCAGGACCACUUGCACGUGAUCGUAGGAAAGGGAAACCACAGCCCAGGCCAUAUCCAGAAGAUCAAGCCGAAAGUCGAGCAGAUAUGUCGGGAAUUAGGUUUGCAAUAUAAUACCGAGCACAACGAGGGUAGGAUGUACAUCCACCUCCAACCACCAUCCGCCGGAGGGGGAGGGGUACAGCCGGUGCAAAUGCCAGCUUAUGAUUACCAGCAGCAUCAACAACCUCAGCAUCAGAAUUACGGACAACCGCAUUACCAGACUGCGUACCCUAUGGGUGGAGCGCCGAAUUAUAGUUAUGCGCAGGCGGCCGGUGGGGGGUAUCCGGGUGCACAGCAGCAUGGACAGAUGCAGUAUGGUGGGCAGAAUGGUGGGUACCAAGGGCAGCCGCAACAGCAGAUGCAACAGGAGCAGCAGGAGCAGGAUAAUGGGAUUAAGUGUUGUGGGAUCAAGAUUUGUGUUGUCAUGUAA